CUCGGGCUCAGGCGCGGCGGGCGCGCGCUGCGGCGGGUGUGCGUGCGAGGCGCGGGCUGUUGUGCUCCCGGCUCUGCUCGGUCCGUCCUCGGCGGGUGGCGGAGGCCCCAAGCGGUGCGGGGCGCGUCCCUUCCUUCCCUGCUCGUCCUGCCCGGCUCCUUCUCGCGCUGCGCGGUCUCUCGGACGCCAGACCGGCUCCGGCCCGGAUAUGGCUCGUGGACAGCAGAAGAUUCAGUCUCAGCAGAAAAAUGCCAAAAAGCAGGCUGGACAAAAGAAGAAACAAGGACACGACCAAAAGGCUGCUGCCAAAGCUGCCUUAAUAUACACCUGCACAGUCUGUAGGACGCAGAUGCCAGACCCGAAGACCUUCAAGCAGCACUUUGAGAGCAAGCACCCCAAGACUCCCCUCCCCCCAGAGCUGGCCGACGUGCAGGCAUAGAGUGGUUUACAGGUGAACUCAUGACACCUUUGACUCUUCUACUGUCACAGACCUUAGGUAACAAACCUGCAACUGCUUUUUUAAAACAAACUGUUGAUCAGCAAAAAUAAAGGGGCUACAGAAACACUCAUUUUUAUGCUGUUCCCUUCGGGCUUCAUGCAAAGAGAAUUCUGUGUAAAUGUACAGUUGACUCUGAUUUGGAAAUCUGAAGAAUCAGUCCAUUCUUGUUAUAAAAUUUUUUUACAAUUGUAAUUAUAUUGAUGUUCAUAUUGUGUAAAAUAACUCAUUUAAUAAAGUAGCGCUUUGAUUUUACAACAUCACAAGAUAAACGGUUCUAGAAAUUCUGUUCUCACUUCUUAUUAUUUGCCUUAUUAUAGAAGUGAAUUGCUGAGCUAGAGUUGCAAGAGCAACCAUCUCCCUUUCUCAGCGCAGUGGCAGGUUUGUUAGACUAGAGCAGACUCAUUCAGUAAAUUGUGCGCAUGACUUAUUGGCAGCCAAUGCAGGUUAAAACGGAGCUGCUGCAGCCUGUGUGCAGUCAUGUGUCAUUCCCACUUCUGAUCAUUUCCUGUGCUUGACAUUGAAGAAUUCAAACUUGUUCAGUGGAUGGGCUCUACUUGCCAGCUGGGAGUACAUUGUAGGUAUAACAGAUACAAUCCAUAACAUUGGUAGGAUUGCCAGUGAGCCCUUCUGAAAGAUUGGCUCCCAAAGCCUAAGCCGGAAUGGAAUGGGUUUUUGGACAAGGUAUGAUGGAACAAGUGUGACCUGUAAGGACCUGUGUCUUAUAAUGGGUAUUUUGAAAAUGGUUCCAAUUCUUUAGUUUGGAAAUGAACCAUAAUUUUCGAGAGAGAUUUUAAAAGUUACUUAGUUAAUUUUAUGAAUGGAUUUUUGCAUUUAACAGAAAGAUUGGAAUGAUUUGUGCCAGGUUAAUUCCCAGAAUGUUCUUUGUCUUUUAAGGAAAACAUACUUUUAGGAACUUAACGCUGGCUCCUAAAAAUUAAAGACUGUCUAGUUUGACUUCCUGAAUUAGCAAAAUGUUACAAUGGGCCAGUGUUCACAUUUGUUCAGUUGGAUAAGGCAAAUUCUGCCUGUUAAGGAAGACUAGUCUGGUGUUCUAGUGUUCUUUUGUUGGCUGGAGUACACAUAAAUCUGCUGUUAAUAAUUUGGUUUAAGUUUAAAACUUGAUGUAAUCGGAAGUACAUUGAGAUAAAUACUGACAGCUACUUAGAGCUGCAUAUUGACCUGUGGGUGACAGGUGACUCCCCUUUUGCUGCUGUAGCCAUUGCAUUCGGUGGCAGCGUGGUAAACUCUGACCACCUGUCCUGUGCCACUCAGUUUGGAGGACUAUCUCGAGCAAGAGCCUCAGUGCCCUGUCCCCAGUGUCACUGAGUACAGUCCUGUUACUCUGUUUAAUUUCCUGCUUUUCAGACUUGGUGCCCAUUGUUUGCGAAAAUGUUGCUGACUGAAAUUAGAUUUUACAUGUUGAUCUCACGGAUGUGCUAAUAAAAUGACAUUUCUAGA